CCGGUACGUACUUACUCGUACUUACUACUUACUGCCACUGGCCCAAUAUUGCUCUAACAUUACAACGCACUGGACGCCAGUAGAGCUUGAGACCGCAGACGUGCCGUACGCGUAGAUCGCGACGUAGGCUGUCAAAUUGCGUACUACCCUGCAUUACUACCCACCUACGUAGCUGGAUGGAGGCACGAACUUUACGCUUGGUACUUCCACCCGAACUAUGGGACCACGUCGUCGACAAUCUAUCGUCCGAUCGUCCAUCCCUCGGAGCAUGCGGCCUGACACAGCGCGCAUGGGUGGCAUCUACUCGAAGGCAUCUAUUCCACGAUAUAAUACUGAAAGGCACUGCCCGCUGUGAACAGUUCCGGGAGCUCAUAAUUGCUUCCUCGUCAACUGGCACUGGCAUAGCGCGGUACGUGUGCGACGUCAUGCUCAAGGACGUCUGCUUGCAUGUCCACGUCUCUCGCCUCGAAUACCCCAACACGUCCGACGUGCCACUCCUGGAGAAGACGCUCUCGUUGUUGCCUAACGUUGACUGUCUGUGUCUUUGGGACGUCGACGUCCAAUGGUGGGAGGUGCUGACAGCAAGGACCGGGGAUGCACUGGACGGCGGGUACCCCGACCUACCGCUCCAGUCACUAUUCACCUUGCCACGGCUGCAGACACUGUACGUCUCGCCGUGUGUUGCAUUCGACUCGCUCUCCGAUCUCGUGCUGCUUCUCGCGGCAUUUCCACAGGCAUCUUCACUCCAGCUGCACGACUUGUCCGUUAAACAUCCGGGACCUGCGCGCUGGCCCCCGCUUCUGCCAUGGAACAGGAACGUUGACCACGAAUCACUGAUUUGUAUCAGGAAUCUGUGUGUUACUACGUUCAGAGAGAUGGCACGCUUGCGAAGCGCACUCAGGCAGCCGCCUUUCCGAUGUGCCUUGCAGAAGUUGUCGUGGACUUUCAGACCUAUUCACUUUGUUGAGCCUGAGGAAGACGUUGAUACCCUCAUGGACGUGCUUCGCGACGCGGAGAGCACCUUGGAGGAGCUCAAAAUAAUCUGCAUUGCACAGUCCAACUUCGACGUAUUUCCCGCAUUGUCCACGAGGAUGGAUCUGUCCCUACAAUCACGCCUGAGAAUACUCCGUGUCCAUCUGCUCUACGCCAUGGAAGCUACAUCCAAUCCCUAUCAAAUGUCGUUCCCGGUGUGCCUCUCUCGCACCCCUACCAGCCUGCGAGCCCUUCACUUGGACAUACAAUUAUCAACUUCACCUGAUAACACAACAUUGCCACCAUUGGACUGGUCAAGCCUCGACGACACGCUCACGCUUCUGCACAAGAAGAAUCCUUCGCUGGUCGUGUAUAUGCGUUUUGACUACGGUCUGCUGCGGCAGAAUGGCCGGCUGCCGGAGGCAGCGCAGCCAUUGAGAUCCCAAAUAUCCUCUGCUCUGCGUGUGGGACUGCGGGUGCGCUUGGUGGUGGGCGGUUACACUUGUGGGCGUGGACACUCGGUAUUACAGGACAAGCUGUACUGGCUUUAAUGUCUUCAAUUUU